AUGUCGGCGGCUAUGGAUCGGGCUUUAAUGGCGAUGUCUUUGGAGGAAGAAGAGGAAGAUAGGCCGUUGGUUCUGCCGAAUAGACCAGAGUAUAGCUCGUGUGGUAAUAAUGUCUUGAGUCUGAUAGGAAGGGUUCUGAAUCCAGAUUGUCAGAAAAUUUCUCAUCUUCUAAUUGAUCUUCCUCGGAGGUGGGGAAAAAGAGAUAGGAUUAGAGGAGUUGUUUUAUCGAAUGAAAGGUUUCAGUUUUUCUUCAAAACCGAACAUGACCUGGUGGAGAUUCUCGGGAAAGGGUUACAGUGUUUCAGUGAAUGGGCAGUUGUAAUGGAGCGUUGGGUGUUGAAGGAACCGGUGGGUUUCCUUCAGUUUGCGUCUAUCUGGGUUCAGAUUAGGAAUCUUCCGGUGAACAACUACACGGCCUAG